AUGACUGUACCAUUGUUAAAUUUAACUUUUCCACUUGAACCGCGAUUGAAUGAUAAUACAGCAACAACGACGACCCCUACAAAUAUAGAAUCGAAUAAACUGAAAUUUGAAUGCAAAAACAAUGUCAACAGAAUAAUUGCUCUUAAUUCAAUCAAAACCUAUUUACACAAUCGAAAAAACAGAAGGAUAAAACAGAUCUAUAUCAACAUGUCCGAUUAUCGAAAAAAAUUAGUCAAUUAUCGUAAACGUUCAUUAAAAGCAAAGAAAAGUGUAGGCGUAUCACCGAAACCAAUCUUUUAUCUCUUCUACAAUCCAUUCAAUGAUCAAGAACGUGCUUAUAUUUCUAAAGGUCCAAAUUAUAUCAGAAUCAAUCAAAGUGCUGUUGUACAAAAUAGGAAACGUCCAAAAUUAAUACAGACGGAAUGUAAUAAAAUUACGAAGAAAGUGAAAGACUAUCUUGCUAAAUAUCAUCACGUUGGUCCGACACAAUCGAUUCACAAUAUAUUUUCAAAAAAAUCUUCAAAAUCGUCUCGAAUUUCAUUACAUGGCUCCAUUAUUAAUGUGCGAUAAAAUUCGUUGUCAAUGUGAAUUGAAGAUUGUGAAAUCGAUUCGUCAUAAUAGAAUAAAGCACGCUUUGUAAGUAAAUUAAUCGAGGAGGAGCGUUUUUUGUGAAGAAAAUGAACUCCUCAAUUCGAUCGAUUAAUGGUACACAUCAAGAGACAGAACUGGGCUGUUAAGUAAG